AUGAAACCUUUUGCACGUGUAGAGCUCGAAUUCUGCAAAGAGGUUACUAAAAAAUUAUAUAAACAUCCACUAGCACGCGCCUUUAUUCGUCCAGUUAAUCCAGAACUUGAUCGUGCAAAUGAUUAUUUCCAAAUCAUCCAAAAGCCAAUGGAUCUCGGUACAAUUCAAAGAAAAUUAGAUAAGGGUGAAUACGCACAUGUUGAUGAAUGGCAGCAAGAUAUUAAAUUAGUUUGGGAUAAUGCAAAAAGCUAUAACAACGACAAGAAAUCUCUUCUUUACAGAGCAGCAGAAAAUUUAAGCCAGAAAUGCAAUAAGAUAUUCAAAUUUAUACCUAAAGAUGAAACAGAAUAUUGGACACUUAAAUUAGCAAAGGCCAAUGCAAAAUUAGCGAAGUUCUUUGAUAACGCUCCACCAGAGUUGAGCACUUAUCCUCGCGCACCUCAAAACGCUCUUAUCGAAGAACCUCCUAAACCUACAACAGCAGCACCAGCAACAAACAACACUGCUUAA